UUAUUAUUGGUUUUACUUAAAUCGUUAUUCUAAUUAUGAUAUAAUUUAAACCAUAACGUGUGACGUGAGAAAACGUCGUAUGUCGAGUCUAUUCUAUCCUUAGUCGAUGAUUAAAUAAUUUGAUUUGUAGAAUAUAGUGAUUUAAUAUAGCUACAAUUGUUUUGUUACCAAAUUGUGGUUAAGAUGGGUGCGGAUAAGAAUGCAGAAAAUCUUGUAAUAAAAAUCAACAAAUGGGACGGAUCUGCGGUGAAGAAUGCAUUAGAUGAUGCAGUUAAAGACGUACUUACAAAAAAAUAUAAUUACAUAGAAAAUUUUGCUCUACUCGAUGGAAGAUUGGCUCUCUGCGGUAUUGCUGUAAUAAUUGCAAUUGUUGCUCUUCUCUGUGAUUAUUUAUAUCCUUUCCCUGCGUCAAAACCUGUAUUAGUUGCUUGUGUUUCAUUAUAUUUUUUUUUAAUGGGACUUUUGACUUUGUAUACAACAUACAAAGAAAAAGGUAUAUUUGUUGUAGCCAUUCAAAGAGAUCCUGCAGGCUUCAAUCCUGAUCUAAUUUGGGAAGCAAGCUCAUAUUUAAAAAGACACGAUGACAAAUAUAAUCUUGUAUUGUCUGUUAGAAGUACAGCCACAGGAAAUGUGAAUGAAACUAGUGUUACAAAAUCUGUUGCAAAUUUUAUUGAUGUCAAUGGUGUUGUCAUACCAGAAUUAGUAGAGAAUGUUGUGACAAACAUGCAUGAUGGCUUAACUAAUCAACGUAAAGAAAAGUAGCAGGAGCUCAAUUAAUUGUCUGUACGAACACAAUUUUUUUUCGUAGUUCUCGGAACAAUAUUCUUUCUAUUUCAUAUAUUUCAUAUUACUGUAAAUCUAUUUCAAGAAUAAAAGUCAAGGAUAAUUUUAAAAUGA